GGUCUCACUCUUUUCGCCCCACAGGAUUCUCGACCACACAGUUCAACAGUUCAACGUAUUUGCGAACAUCUUGAAACAAUGAUCAUUUCUACAAUUAUUAAAAUCUUUGAAAACCUCUACUGAACAACUCUGAUACAUAACGGAACUUUUGAACUAAAAUUCAAUAUGGCUGCCAUCUGCAUGCGCAUCAGGUAGACCAUGUGCUGACGCUCAUUUCAUGCGCAUGCGUUUCAUAGAUAGACAGCUUAUCGUUGACAGUCGAACAUCGCUGCAGAACACACGUGCUCGUGUAUUUAUUAUUGAAUAAUUUACUUGACGAAGUUAACAGACAUGAAUGAAAAACAAAAGGUGCAGCAUUUGAUUGUUGAUACGAGUGCAUUCAUCAGAAAUGCAGCCUUACAGGACAUUGGAAUAAAUAUAAUAACAGAACAAGAUGUAGUAAAUGAAGUGACGAACAAGAGACAGUUGAGAAGAUUGGUUGUCCUGCCAUAUGAUUUAAUAAUACAAAGUGCACAUCCUGAGAAUAUAAAAUUUGUUACCGAGUUUUCCAAGAAAACAGGUGAUUACACAAGUUUAUCAGCAACUGAUAUAAAAGUAAUUGCAUUAACAUAUCAACUGGAAAAGGAAAAAGUAGGAACAGAUCAUUUAAGAACUGCUCCACUUGUAUCAAAAACUGUAGAUUACAGUGUCAGUCAGGCUAAGGAUUCUCGUACUACAUUAUCUGGUUUUUACAUACCAGAGAAAAAUGAGGCUGUAGAAGAAAAAGAUACAGAGAAAUAUGAUUCAGAAGAAUUAGGUAACGAGAAUGAUUUGAAGAAUAAUGAUGAAGAAAAAGUGGAAAUACAAGUGGAGGACAAAGUAAAAGAUUGCAAUACCGAAGAAGAAAAAUCAGAAUCAUAUUAUAGUGAUUCUUCUGAUGAAUCGAACUAUGAAACUGCAGAUUCUGAUGUCGACCAAGAAAGGACAGAUGAUUUAUCUUCUAAGUUUUUAAAGUUAACUUGUGAACCAUCAGAAUUCAUAGUUCAAGCUGAAGAUAACAGCGAAUACAAUGUUAAUGACAUUCUUGCUACCAUUGAAAACACUUCUGACAAUGGAGAUAACAAUGUUGAAUACAAUGAAUAUGAAAGUGACGGAGACAAUGACAACAAUAAUGAUGAUGACAGUGGAUGGAUUACACCUAAGAACAUCUCUACCGUGAAGAAGGAGAUUAAUUCAGACUUCUUAGAAGAAAAACCUGCAACUGUCGCAUGUUUAACAAUAGACUUUGCGAUGCAGAAUGUUUUAAAACAAAUCGGUUUGAAUGUAGUAGCCUUGGAUGGAAGAUUAAUUAAACAGAUGAAAACAUUUAUCUUCAGGUGUUAUGCAUGUUACAAGACGACCAGUAUCAUGACAAAAGUUUUCUGUCCUAGUUGUGGCAAUAAAACAUUAAAAAAAGUUUCAACGACAGUUGACGAAGAAGGAAACCGACAAGUUCAUAUCAAUUUCCGAAAACCAAUUUCAAAGAAGGGAAAAAGGUUUUCUUUACCAAUGCCAAAAGGUGGAAAACAUGCGAACAAUCCCAUACUUUGUGAAGACCAACCAUUACCUGAUCAAAAGCAAACAAGACUGGCUCGCACUAAAAAUGAUCCUUUACAGGAUGAUUACAUAGCUGGAUAUUCUCCAUUUAUUAUGCGCGACGUACAUUCUAAAUCAGCUAUGUUAGGUAUACGGCCAUCAGGUUCUGUUAAGUAUUGGAUGAAAAAAAAUCCAAAUGAAUGUAGAAAGAAGCGAAAAUAAGAAAUUUAUAUCAUAAUAUGAUAUGCAUCGUAAAAAUAUAAUUUUUGUUUAAUAUGUACGUUAAA